AUGCACGUCUGCACACUUCCUCAGUCUCCGGUGCAUAUCGUCGGCGGGCAGCGCCGGUCAGCUUGGUAUCACGGGUUGCCGCGCUGGCGACCGAGCAAGGUCAUCUCUUCGAGACCCGCGACACCCUUGAGGCAAGGCUUGCCUGUCAGAUCUCCCAAGCGCUCUCGGCAUUUUGAGUCGCAGACGAUGGCGCGUACAACCCAAAAUGGUGGUGACCAGAGAUUGGAGAGAUUUGAUAGGGACAAAAAGCUGCUCGAGGAGAAGGCGUCCUUGGUAGAGGUAUCAGAGCUGGAGGUUAAACCACUACUCGAUCCCGACGAGUACCUCUUUUCGUCUCCGACAGAAUGCCUCCCGCAGAAGCGAUCUCUGAAGACCCGCUUCAGGAUUCGGCGUCUUUUGCGGUCGCAGCGCAGUCCUCAGAGCUUGGAGAGCAAGGCUCCGGAGAAGGACUCUCCCUCUUCUUCGAGGAACAAGAAGCAGUCGUCCGGUACCCGCAAGUCACGGAGCGAGGACGCCUCCGGAAACCAACGUGGCAGCUCUAUGAACAGCAUGGCCUACCACAUCGCCGUCGGCCUGGCAUGGAGCAUGCCGGCCCCUUUCGAUAUGAUGCCCACUGGAUACCCAACUAGAUUGUUCUAG